AUGUCUGCAAAUGAAUUACCUUCUUCAGCUCAAGCCUGCCAAGAACAAAUCCUUGGCGGUUUUAUCUCUAGAAAGCUGCUUCUGCACAAUCCAUUUGAUCACAACACUCAACGAGGCCUUGCGUUCGAGCCAUCUCCUCAUGUCACUCAUGAGAACAACCUCAGUGAGACUGUGCUAAUGCUUCUCUCAGUCCUCAUAUGUGGAACCAUUUGCUGCCUCGUGUUACAUUACAUCAUUCGUUACGCAUUCAGAUGCUGCUCAAGUUUCAUGAUCUCCGAGCCUACCUCCAUUCUUUCAACACCACAGAGUUCAUCAAACACAGGAAUUAAGAAGAAAGCUCUAAAAAUGUUUCAUGUCGUGAGCUAUUCAGAUGAGAUGAACCUGUCUGGGAUUGGCGAAGAGUGUGUGAUCUGUUUGUCUGAUUUUGUUUGCGGUGAAAAGCUUAGGUUGCUCCCUAAGUGCAAUCACGGGUUCCAUGUUCGUUGUAUUGACAAGUGGCUUCAACAACAUUUGACUUGUCCGAAAUGCAGACAAUGUCUGGUUGAGACAUGCCAAAAGAUUUUAGGUGACUCCAGUCCAGUGACAGCACCAGUAUCAACAGAAAGCGUAAUUGUCAGGAUUUCACCUCUAGAACCUGAAGGAAGAGUAAACACUUUUAGAGAAAGCAACUAA